AAUAUGCAGACAAUAAAGUGUGUUGUAGUAGGUGAUGGAGCCGUGGGUAAAACAUGUCUCUUGAUUUCCUAUACAACCAAUAAGUUUCCAUCAGAGUAUGUACCGACAGUUUUUGACAAUUAUGCUGUCACAGUAAUGAUAGGUGGAGAUCCAUAUACCUUGGGAUUAUUCGACACUGCUGGUCAGGAAGAUUAUGAUAGACUGCGGCCAUUAAGUUACCCACAAACAGAUGUAUUUCUAGUCUGUUUUUCUGUAGUGUCUCCUUCGUCGUUUGAGAAUGUUAAAGAAAAGUGGGUACCCGAAAUAACACAUCAUUGUCAGAGGACUCCGUUUCUGCUAGUUGGUACCCAGAUUGAUUUGAGAGACGACGUCGCUACUACUGAAAAAUUGGCAAAGAAUAAGCAAAAACCGAUAUCGGCGGAGCAAGGAGAAAAGCUUGCCAAAGAGUUGAAAGCUGUGAAAUACGUGGAAUGCAGUGCUCUUACACAGAAGGGCUUGAAGAACGUGUUUGACGAAGCUAUCUUGGCUGCACUUGAACCUCCGGAACCAGUGAAGAAAAGGAAGUGUGUUAUCUUGUAAAAAGGAUAUUUGCUUACGAUGCUAUGCAUGUCCGAAAGGGAAACAGAGUUAUGCGUAAAAAUAGCAAGCGGCGAGUCUAACACGUAGUAUGAAGCACCGUUAGAAAAUUGAAACUGUGCUUACAUGGUUCCUUUUUGAAAAAGAAACAUUAAUUGUCGAAACGAGGAGCAAACAGCCGCUAGGUAUGAACGCGACAAUUCCAAUCGACUUACUUGUAUAUUGCCACGUUGAAAUCGCGAUCACAUUC